UCUCUCUUCUUCCAUCAUAACACAUUAACUAACCAAAGUUCAAUUGUACACAAAAUGGCACAAAAACUCAUUCUCCCAUUACUAGUCAUAUUCCUCUCACUCUUCUUAGAGUCCUCCCUAGCCAAACAUAACUCUCAAACAAUAACCUACAUAGAGUCUUCUUGCAAUGGUACCCUCUACCCUAAACUUUGCAUUCGUUGUCUUAACAAAUUUUCUCAUUCCACCAUAAAUGGACCUCAACACUUAGCCCAAGUUGCCUUAUCCGUGAGCCUCUCUAGAGCCCUACAAACAAGAGGGUACCUUUUGAAUGUUGCUAAAGAACUCAAAGCAAUUGAUCAUAAAAACAAAAGAUUGUACCUAACCGUGCAAGAUUGUGUGAAUCAAAUCAAUGAUAGUGUUGAUCAACUUAGCCAAGCCAUCAAAGAAUUAAAAAGGUUGAACAACUUUAACACCAUCAUCAAUGAUAAAGUGUUGUGGCAUAUAAGUAAUGUUGAGACAUGGGUGAGCACGGCAUUAACCGAUGCGAGUAGUUGUGUACAAUCGUUCCCCGGUCAUAGGAUGAGCAAAAGGGUUGCGACGAUUAAGGUCAAGGCGAAGAAUGUUGCGGAAGUUACUAGUAAUGCACUUGCUUUGUUUCAUAGUUAUGCUUCUAGUUACAAGCAAGCAGCAGCUAGAGCUACCAAGAAGCCUUGAAAAAUGUAAAAAAGUUUAAUUUGCUUAAUUAUUUUUUCACCCUUUGUUUGUUCAUGUAUAUUAUAUAAUAUACAUGUUUUUUCUUUGGGUGGUUUUAUAUUAUUAUUAAUCAAGUGUAAUAUAUGUAAAAUUUCAUUAUUAUGUGUUAAAAAAGAACUUU